GGCUGAAGGCUGAAGCAAGGUUGAGGUUACUACUCCGGGUCCGUUAAAGCAAUCAUCAAUUCAUCACAUCCGGAAUUGACCGACAGCUGAGGACCUUAGGUUACCAUGGCAGCAGCAGAAGCAAAGAAGAUCAUCAUUGACACUGAUCCAGGCAUUGAUGCAUGCAGAUGAUGCCAUGGCAAUAUUUCUGGCACUGAGGUCUCCGGAAGUGGAGGUCAUCGGACUCACCACUAUUUAUGGCAAUGUCUACACCACUUUGGCCACUAGGAAUGCCUUACAUUUGUUAGAGGUUGCAGGCAGAACUGAUAUCCCUGUGGCGGAAGGAUCCCAUGUUACUAUCACUAAAGGUACAAAACUUCGCAUUGCUGAUUUUGUCCAUGGUGCGGAUGGGCUUGGCAACCAAAAUUUCCCUCCACCAAAAGGAAAGCCUAUUGACAUGUCAGCCGCUGCUUUUCUUGUUGAGCAAGCCAACCUUUAUCCUGGGAAGGUUACUGUGGUGGCAUUGGGUCCCCUAACCAAUAUUGCACUGGCUAUUCAACUAGAUCCAUCAUUUACUAAAAACGUUGGGCAAAUUGUUCUUCUUGGUGGCGCUUUUGCAGUAAAUGGCAAUGUGAAUCCAGCAGCUGAGGCCAAUAUCUUCGGCGACCCAGAUGCUGCAGAUAUUGUGUUCACAAGUGGAGCAGAUGUUUUGGCCGUGGGGAUAAAUGUUACUCAUCAAGUUGUUUUGACUGAUGCUGAUCGCGACAAAUUGGCGAGGUCAAUAGGAAAAUUUGCUCAGUACUUGUGCAAGAUAUUAGAGGUGUACUUCAGUUAUCAUCAUGAUGUAUACAGCACAAAAGGUGUAUAUCUUCAUGAUCCAACAGCCAUGGUUGCAGCCAUUAAUCCUUCACUUCUUACUUAUAUGGAGGGUGCUGUGAGAGUUCAAACAAAUGGCAUCACAAGAGGACUGACAAUAUUAUACAACAAGCAGAAGAGGUUUGCUGAAAUUACAGAGUGGUCUGAUCAACCCACGGUGAAGGUGGCAGUCACAGUCGAUGCUCCUGCAGUUGUCAAAUUGGUUAUGGAGAGGCUGAUGGACUGGUAGUUAGUUUCGGGCAGAUUGAAGGCUCCAUUAUGGUGUCAGCUGAUGAUGAGAAGCGUUGUGUUGGGUAUCACUUUGAAUAAUUUAGCUCCAAUACAAACGGAAAUGGUUGUGAAUCCUGUCAAUGUCUUUUUAAAUUUGUUACCACUUUCCAGCGAAGGAAUCAUAUUCUCUGUGAGUGGUUUGGUUUAUCAUGGAAUAUAUGCUGCUGUUAUUGUAUCAAUAAAAGUCUCAACGCUUCAUUACUAAUAUCCUUUGAAACUUGUUUUUCGAUUUGCAAUGUAACAAACAGAAGACGUUGUACCAUUGUCAAAACAGCUAUCAAGGUCUGGCUCCGCUUGGCUCUAAGAAUGAGAUGAUGAUAAUAAUAUUCCUACACCCUUUAAUACUAA